AUGGAGCCCAUGGAGGUCGACGACCCCGGCGGCGCCGGAGCGACGACGAACGCCCUCAAGGCGCUCCUCGCGGUGCUCGCGGCGCAGCGGGACCCGCGCGUCCUGCGCGGCGCCGUGGCGCGCCUCGGCCCGGCCGACGCACUCGUCGCGCUCGAGGCCGCGCUCGAGGCGCUCGACCGGGGACAGCGCGACGCGGGCCUCCGGCUCCUCGCGUGCGCGCGGGGGCGCCUGGAAAAGUCGUCGCCGGCCGUCGCCGCGACCUUCGCGCGCUUCCUGGCGCGGCCCGGCGACGCCGUCGUCGGCGCGGCCGUCGCGCGCGCGUUCUUUCCCAACGUCGCCGCGCCGGGCGCACCGCCCGUCCUCGACUGCGCCGACGGCGCCGAGCGGGCCCUCGAGUGGCUGGCGCGCGCCCACGACGAGCGGGCGGGCCUGGCGCGCCUCGUCGCCGACUUUGGCGCCGCGUGCUGCGGGGAGGACGUAUGCCGCGUCGGCGCGGCGCUCGACUGGGUGUUGUGUCGCCUGUCGUCGCCUCGAUCCGUCGCGGACCCGCCGUCGCCGCGCGUCGGCCUGCUGGUCGGGGCGCUGCCCCUCCUGAGCGACGCCGACGGCGAGGCCGUGGGUUUGCGUUUGAUGCGGCGCCUCGUCGGCCCGGCGCGCGUCGACGACGAGGGCCUGUUCCGCGCCGCGCGGGCGAUGGCGCGCUGGCCCGCGGGGCCGGCGAACCCGACGGCGCCCUGGGUCGCGGCGCUCGCGACGGUCGUCGCGACGUCGGGCCGGACGCGCGCCCUCGACGGGUUCGUGCUCGCGUGCUGCUUGGGCGCGUCGUGCCGCGCGCGGAACCUCGCGCGGCGGCCGGACGAGGGCGCGGAGCGGGACCUGCUCGGCGGCCUCGACCUCGUGGAGACGCUGCUCGCGGCGCGGGGCACGCCCGCGACGGCCGUCGCCGUGCUGCCGCACCUGCGGUGCGUGCUCAAGGCCGCGCGGACGCCGCGGCGGGCGCUCGCGCGGACCGAGAAAUUGUUGCGGGCCAUCCUCGCGUCCUUCCCGGGCAUCCGCAAGGACCACCACGACUUCUUCCGGUUCCUGCGGCCCGACGCGGCGAAGGACGGCGCCGCGGCGGCGGCCGCGGCGGCCGCGCGCGGCGCCGCGCCGCCGCCGAAGCGGCCGCCGGGCCGGCCGCCGGGGCUGCGGAACCUCGGCAACUCGUGCUACGUCAACGCGUGCCUCCGGGCGCUCCACGCGACGGCGGCCCUGCGGCGGUUGCUGCUCUGCGGCCCGCCGGCGCGCGACGAGGCGGUCGCGGCGCCCGCGCUGACGCCGUCGAAGCGGCCGCUCGACGCGCUUCCGAGGGUCACGCCGCGGCUCCGGGAGGCGCUGGCGCUCCUCGAGGGCAGCGACCGGCCCGGCCUAGCGCUACGGAGCCUCCGGGGCUCGUUCCGGGCGCCCUACGACGGCGCGGACCAGCAGGACGCCGCGGAGUUCCUGCACUACGUCCUCGACGCGCUCGAAGACGAGGCGGAUCUCGGCGGGCCCGCGGUCGUCGGCGACGCGGCGAAGCGCGCGGCGGCGGCGCGCGAGCUCGACGCGGUCUUCGGGGGCGUGCUGGAGACGUCCAUCGAGUGCGAGCGGUGCGGCGCGGUGUCGACGACGCGGCACGGCGUCUGCGGGAAACUCGACGUCUGCGUGCCCGACGACGGCGCGCCGCGGAAGAACGAGGUCGGCUGCGCGCCCCGGGAGCCGGCGGCGAAGCCCGCGUCGCUCCAGGACCUCGUGCGCGACCAGUACCUCGCGGAGGAGGUGUUGGAGGGCGACGCCGCGUACGCGUGCGACGCGUGCGCCGCCAAGGUCCGCGCGACGCGGACGCGCCGCUUCGACGCGAUGCCCGCGCACCUCGUCGUCUCCCUGGGGCGCUUCCGCUACGACGCGGCGACGAACCGGCGGCGUAAAGUGGCGACGCCCGUCGACGCGCCGCGCGUGCUCCGGCUGCCCGCGGACGGGCGCGACGUCGCCUACGCGCUCUACGCGGUCGUCGUCCACGCGGGCGCGUCGCCGCACCACGGCCACUACUACGCCUACGCGACGGAUUCCGACGUGGCCGCGUCGGAGCGGCCGCCGGCCUGGUCCCUGUUCGACGACAUGGACGUGCGGCCCGUGGACGCGGCCGCGCCGUCGACGCCGCGGUCCGCGGCCGCGUCGCCCUACGUGCUCUUCUACGCGCGGAUCGGCGGCGGCUGCCCGCGGGCGGGGGGCGCGCCGGCGUGGCGCGCGGGGCUCCGGGCCUUCGUCGACGCGGACAACGCGGCCUACGGCCGCGGCGACGGCGACGAGCCGGGGCCCGCGCCCCGGGGGCCGCCGCCGCCGCCGCGCGGCGGCGCGGGCGGCGCCGAGCCCUUCGCGGGGGGCGGCGCGCUCGGGGGGCACUGGGGCGUGAGCUAACUUUUUGACCGGU